ACUCGGGCAGUGAGAACUCGUGAGGGCAGCAGUCAAUUUGACAUGGACUUUGACGUAUCCAAAAAUUAUCAACAUUCAUGCAGAGUGCACAAAAUCGAAAAUUCAUACAUAUUUUCAAUAAAAAUGUCCAGAGAUAAAAGUGUAUGGUUUGCUGAAGAAAUACUUUUAGAUGCCAAACUUAUUAAUUUUCAACUAGAAACCGGUGAAUGGGAUGCGGUGGAAGAAAUGCUGCGCGCAGAAGCGCAACUGUCUCGAGACGCAGAAACCGGAAGAUUACGACCGAAAAAAGCCUCAGAGUAUACACUGCGUCUUAUUGCAGAAGUUCUUCACAUAAUGCGACUAGACGUUGAACAAGCUUCGUACAAUCGGAGUACUCUUGCUGUGGCAGAGCAAUGUCUGCGUCUGGUCCGUUCUUGCGCAGCGGCCGGUACAAAAAUGCAAACAUACAUUUCAAAAGAACUCUCCAUUCUCGAUUCCAUGUUAAUUCUUGCCACAGAAUAUCAACAUCCGAGCGUUGAUUUCAUAAAUGAAGAACUACAGAAAAAAUAUGAAUCAUGUAUGACUGUCCUCAUUCAAACAUUAGGCAAUCUUGUAGUGAACAAUCCAUUCAAUCAAAUAAUAAUCUGGACUAAAUUUGAUGCUAUAAUUCUCAAUUGCUUAGUCGGACAAAAUGAGAAAAUUGCUUCAGCGGGCGCUAUGAUAGUUUACAAUAUAUUACUGGGCCAACCAAAUGUAUUACCCGAUGAUAUUGCACUUUUAAAUUCAUUGGGCUACAUGUACAUUAAUGGUAAUACAGAAUACCCACAUUUGAUCAUAGAAUAUCUGAUUGGUGUUGAAAAUAACUAUAUAGAAAAACUUUAUUCGAAAUUAGAUCCAGAAUGUCGAAUGCUCGUUUUAAACUUGGCUUAUAAUAUUUUAAUGUCAACUGAAUCACAAGAUAUAAAUGUAUCCGGUAACUUUGUUAAGUUUAUGGCACAUGAGUUUAAGAGCAAAUCUGAUUGUAUUUUGAAAACAGUGGAUAAGUAUGUUAAUUCUAUUGAGCCACAAGAAGUCGUCUUUUUGCUGGAGAUCAUAGCAACAGCUUCAAGUAUGGACACUUACAUGGAUUGUUUGCAGAGUGAUACUUCUUUAUUUAUAAACUGUGCCUUCUUACUACGAGCUAUACAUAAACUUGGUAAGGAGAGCAAUAAUUUCUUCUCGUCCAUUAAUAAGCUGUAUGCAGCAACCGGGAAGCAGCUAGUUAAUGAUGAGAACAUGCCCGCUGUUAAUGAACCACACGAAAAUCCUCUUUGUAAAAAUGACUCUGCUGAUAAUAUGCUUUCCUGCAAUGAAACUACAUCCGAAUGCACUGAAUCGGAAAGUAGUGAACAAUAUUUUGAAUGCAAUGACAAUCCACCAUUCAUUGACAAAUUCGACACUAUAAAUGCUUUAGAGAACCUACAGGCGAUGAAAUUUGACAUACCCGAUAAAAGCACAAGGAGUGGUUCAGAGGGAAGUUCUAAUGUCAAAAUUGACAAUGAUCUAACGAAAGUAGCGUUUAAGAGGAGCAGUUCUGUGCCAAAGACUGACGAUCGUAUCCAGCUACCAAUUAGAAGAAUAAGUCUCGAACAUAAAAUAGACAUUGGAGAUGACAAUGAACCACCACUUAUUAUAGACGCACAAUCACCCACAGCUAGCAUGAAUACCAUAGCUGAAGUUAUCCCAGUAGGUCUGCAACCGAGACUCGACUUGCAAGAAUCAAGUCAGACGGAAUCCCAAGACAGUUCACCGAAUGAUCCACCAACAGAAAUACACAUGCCCAAGUCAGAUAGUAAAGAAAUCAAAGCAUCACCGAGUGAAAUAUCGCCACCGUUAUCAGAAAAUCAACAGGAGUCAGAGUCUCAAAAACAUUCACCAGAUACACCUAAAGAAGUCAAGAAGAGUCAAAAUUUGUCAACCGAUUUCGAUCUCAGCGAACAGUUGCAAAAAAUUCUGGGGAUUUCUUCAGAAAAAACUCGUGCUGAUAACAGCAAUGCUGAAAAGAAAGCAGAACCGACCAAAGAAGUGAAAAUAGCUGACGAUAAUGCGCCCAAAAUACCAUUUGUUAAAAUAGAUUCUCCUGAAGCCCAAAAGACUAGAUUGGGAGCAAUUGACAUGACUACACCGAAGAAGUCUGUGACAAUGGUAGAGACGGUUGAACAUCACGUAGCGUUCGGGUUUAAGGCAUCUCUUGUGCGUACUCUCGCUAAUUUGUGCUGGAAGAACCAGGAGAAUAAACGACAGAUGCGGGAAUUAGAAGUGAUCCCUGUAUUACUCGACUGCUGCAAUAUUGAUGCUCGCAAUCCUUUAAUAAUGCAGUGGGUUAUAUUUGCCGUCCGUUGCCUUUGUGAAAAUUGUCCAGAAAAUCAGGAAGUUAUAUCGAAAUUAACUCUUCAAGGUCCCGUCGAUAAUGAAGUCUUGCAAGAGAUGGGUCUCACUCUACAUACGGAUCCGCAAGGAAAUGCAAUUAGGGUAGUUCCUCUACGAAGCUAAGGCCAAUGUCGUGUUUGUAAAGCCGGCACUACACCGUGGUAAACAUUUGUGCAAAUGUUUCAUUGCAGUAAUGCGAAUGAAGGAACUAUUAAAUAGCGCGAGGGAUCGGAAACAUUCUGCGAUAUUUUUACAUUCAUGAGCCUUCUAUGAGCUUGGUUACAACAUCGCACGUGUGACGUCGAUGUUUUAUUAUAUAAACAGCUCGCAAGUAGUGCUAAUUAUUAUUGUCAUUAGUUUUUUAUAAAAUUGAUUAUAAAUAAAUACCACCAAAUUAUUUUACUUCAAUAAAAAUUUGUC